ACCAGGUUAAUUGGGCCUGACGUCCCUGGACUGGAGGACCUGCUUCCCUGCCAUAGCCCCCGUGCUUUGAGGAGGCCCCAGUAACUCAUUUCUGGAAGACAGAGGUGCGGACCAUGUUCCUGUCUUCAUCACUUCCUGUCCUUCUUCUGUGUAUGCUGACAGCAUCCAGCUCAGAAAUAAAGAUCUCUGAGGAUGCCCUGAAGACCUGCUCAGCGAUUACCUGCGGCAUCCCAGGCAGAGAUGGGCGAGACGGACCCAAGGGAGAAAAGGGCGAACCAGGGCAGGGGCUCAGAGGCCUGCAAGGCCCUCCAGGGAAAAUGGGGCCUCCAGGACACAUCGGGAUUCCUGGGGUUCCAGGACAAAAGGGUUCCAAAGGAGACCGCGGAUACAGUUCAGCUGUGGAGACUAAGCUGGAUAAUCUGGAGACGGAGAUGAGGAAACUGAAAUCAGAACUGGACCACGUCAAAAAAUCCCAAGUGAAGGCCCUCUGCGCCGAGCUCCAGGCCACUGUGGCCACCCCGAGGAACGCUGAGGAGAACAAAGCCAUCCAGGAUGUGGCCAGAAGCACUGCCUUCCUGGGCAUCACGGAUGAAGUGACUGAGGGCCAGUUUAUGUAUGUGACAGGAGGGAGGCUUGCCUACAGCAACUGGAAGAAGAAUGAGCCCAACGACCACGGAGGGGAGGAUUGUGUGACCCUCCUGGAGGACGGGUUCUGGAAUGACAUCUCCUGCUCUUCCUCCUUCCUGGCCGUCUGCGAAUUCCCAGCCUGAGGAGGCAGGCCCCCUCCUCAGCCUCCCACUGAGCUCCCAAAGAGAAUGCAUGGCCCAUUUCCCCACAACCUCAUGUGUUGAUUCAUUCCUUCAUGGGGACAGGAGGAAAAUAAAGGGAUGUAUUUGUGGGGA